CAGCAACAACGGCCACUUUCCUCACCCAGUGCCCUGAUGUCACAGCAGGAUCGAAAAGACGAGGAGCAGCAGCAGCAGCAGCAAUCCAGCUACACAAUGUACCCAUCAAAUCCGGUGAACAGUAGUACCGUUACGGUGACCUGUAGUGCCAGUACAGCCGGAAACCCGUACAGUACCGUGGAACAUUCCACCAGCGAACAGCAACAUAACGAAACCCUGGCAAACCUGGAACGCCUGACCAAUAUCGAGCGAACCAUCGAAGCAGUCUCAAAAGCGGAGCAAUUCAGCGACACGAGCUCCUACCAACCAAGCACCCAUCGAAACGGUGAUACCUCUGCAAACCGUGACAUAAAGCCAGAUGGGAACAGUCCACCAAUUUUGGGCGUCAAAAGACGCUCGAACGCAGCAUGGUCAAUGGCACAUGGCGCCGAGAAGAGAACUGGUCGAGCUGUUGAUGUUGGCGAUGAGUUUACACUCCUAGGCCAAUUAGUGGAGAAAAGGGUGCGAUCGAUUUCGAAGCGUAACCCACGACUUGGCCUAACAGUGCAGAAGAAAAUAGACGAUUGCAUUUUCGAGGCAUCGAUGGAACUUCUUGAGAUCGAUGUAAGCUUUGCUUCUUUAUACAGUUAUUUGUUUGAUAAGCGUAAUAGAUGCCUGAAUUGCUCAGGUUAUCGACUUGAGGCUUUAUUAGAUGAAAAGAAAAAGCACCCUUCUUAUUCGCUGUAUAUGAGAGGCAGGAGCACCUGA